CUCAUCUACCUGCCGCCAUACUCCCCCGAUCUCAAUCCCAUCGAGCAAGCAUUUCAUUCCAUCAAGGCUUGGUUGCGGCGCCAUGAAGUGCAGGCACUCAAUCCGGAUGCUCGACCUUGGUUGAUCCAUCAGGCCGCUAUGUCUGUAACGCCAGAGGACGCUGAAGGAUGGGUGCAUAACUGCGGGUAUUCAUGA